CCAAUGUUGGAACUCGAACGAAGUCUACUUCAGUUGCUGAGAGAUCAUACACGAGAGACCUGACGGUUGAGUCGAACGUGGAAAUUACGUCCUUCUGGUGAAGUGUAGUGUGUUUGGCUUUUGGACAGCAGUGGCUGGAUUGGUCUGACUUGAAAGGCUCCUAGUUAAUUGCAAUUGUUUGAUUGUCUCCUCCUAAGCAUGAACGUUUAUCAGGAGCAAGAGGAUAAGCCUCUUCAAGACACGGCUCCACGUCCUCGGCUGUGCCACGUUACGAAAUGGGAUCAUUUCGAUGGUUACGGGUUCAAUUUGCAUGCGGAAAAAUCCCGUCCCGGCCAAUACAUUGGAAAAGUGGACGAAUCCAGUCCUGCCGAAAAAGCAGGUCUGAAAGAAGGCGACCGGAUUAUCGAGGUCAACGGAGUGAACAUCAAUCAUGAGAACCACAAGCAAGUGGUGUCAAGGAUUAAGGCUAGUCCGAAUGAGACCCGGUUAUUGGUCGUGGACGCAGAGGCUGAGAAUUUCUUCAAGGAUCACGACAUUGUUAUCCAUGGAGAGUUGAGCAACGUCCUCAGAAUGUCGUCCGAGCCUGGUCCGGCUCAAGGCGUCCCCAUCAUAGUGGAAACGAUCGAGAUUGAAAAUCACAACGAACCAGAUGGGCCAUCAUCCCCUUCCUCGAUGGCUAUCAACACCACCACCACCACAACUACUUUGAACAACUAUUCACGCAAUGUGCGCCAAAAUUCUGUCGAAGAUGACGAUCAACAUUCCAAUCACAGUGCCAUGUCGGCAGGCUCCUCCACCGCCAAGAAAACAUUUGGCAGUAGCGUCACGUCGGGUUCGAGCCCCCGGAGUUCGCCCAGUCCCGAACCUCCCCUCAAGAAAUCCAGUCCGCACCCCUUGUCCAAUCCUGUGGGUCAUCAAUGGGGAGGCCUGGAUUUGAGUAUGACGGCGGCCGAGAUGAGGAGCAAGAUUGGAUCGCGCAAGAAACGUGAUCCUCGACGAGAUGACCGCAUGGACUUUAGGAAGAAAUACGAGAUUAUUGAAACUCUAUAAGGCGGGCACACGGAGCAGAAGGUGUGAGGAUAUUUGAUCCAUGGAAAGGAUAAUGCAGACCGCAGAAGAUUUCUCUCUCCCAUUACUAAUCCUAACACCACCAGCAUCAUCACCAUCAACAUCACGAUGAUCGUCAUUUCAAGCAACUGCAACGACUACAGUGCCAAAAUUUUGUGAAGAGUAUCUUUUGCACCCCCCCCCUCUUUCUUACUUGAUGUCCAACUGUCAUAUCGUCCCUGGAUUCUGCAUCAAUGAACGAACGAAGAAGCUCCUGAGACCUUGUGAAAUCAUAUUGUCUACUACUUACCUACACAUAUGGACGGGUGGCGCCUUGGCGAGCAGUAUUUGCCGUGUGUCAAGAUGAAUUGCAGUGCUUUUUGGCUGCAAGGUAAAUCGAGCACUCGAUGGUCUUUACCACAUUUUCUAUCUACUUCUAUACCUCUAUUACUAUCACCAUUAGAGUUAGCACUGCUCCUGCUACUGUCAUUAUUGAUGAUAAUUGGUUCUCAGUCUGAAACAGAAAUGCCUCCAAUCCUCCCACUGAAAUCCUUUCCCGAUUACAUAUCAAAAAGAAUGUUUGAAUUUGUUUUCAGAAUUAUGUUACUAGUCCGUUCAUGGUCACGUGAACUACCUAAAUGAUUGAUUGUACAUAAUCAUACGAUGCAAGAUAAAGAUGUAUUCCUAUCCAGGUGUGAAGUUGAAUAAUUGUUAAAGAUGAUAGAUUCGAGAUGAAACAACGAAUAAAUAGAUCCGUUUCACCGA